UAACAAGCGCAACAAUAACAAGGCGACCCAAUAACAACAACAACAUAAUAAUAAUAACUAAUUAUCGAUUUGUUCAAUCAAAAUAUCAUACAAAUACGAUGGAAGAUGGUGAAUCUCACAAAUUUGUUUCAAGACUUUAAUCCAAGCAAAUUUGUGAUAUUUACAUGCCUGCUGGUGUUUUCACUGCUGUUCUCUCUGAGAUUGGACAAUACGAUAGAAUGGAACUAUUGGAUCAUCUUCUUACCUAUCUGGAUAUGGAAGUUUUUUGUGAUUGCCGGCGCCAUUGUUGGCAGCUAUGUGUGGUUCAAGCACCCUCUCUACAGGUUAGAGGGUGACAGUUUUGUGCAGUUCAAGGCAAUGGUCAUCACAACAAGUCUGCACCUGAUGCUACUGGUGUUUGAUGUAUUGGCCUGUGACAACCUGCAGACGAAUGGACACUCAUGGAUUUUCGUCUUCAUACCCUUGAUGUUCAUGUCAAUUGUGGCCAUAGGGUUUUGUGUAUGGGCAAUUAAAAAUGAGCGUUCUUUUGAGUUGGAGUUGUUUUGUUCUGUGAACAUCCUGCAGUUUAUUUUCCUAGCCCUUCGCUUAGACAAUGUGAUAACAUGGAGCUGGGUUAUCGUGUUCAUACCAAUAUGGAUCGUGAUGUGUGUGUCAUUGAUAGGCGUCAUCUAUGCCAUCAUUCUGGCGAUUCUGUUGUCACGGACACCUAACAUUCUGCGGGACCGGAGAAGGGGGAAUCUGACAACUGCAAUAGGCUAUUCCCUGCUUGUCAUUCCAAUGUUAAUAUUUGAGAUACUUCUGGCCAACCGCUUGGAUGGAGACAACCAUUUCAAAUUCACUUCAGUGACUGUGCCUCUGUUUAUCUCCCUUUUCACGCUUAUUCUGUUAUCAUUUGGAGCAAGGGGAGGCAACCAUUGGUGGUUUGGUAUAAGAAAAGACUUUUGCCAGUUCAUUCUGGGCAUAUGCCCCUGUCUGCAGGAAUACGGGAAUAUUUCCUAUACAGCUCAGUCCCGCACCGAGUUCCAAACUGGCGAGAAUGAGAAAUCAAAACCUGCACAGAAGAAGACUCCAUUCGAUGAUCAGCACAAAAUUGUCAUGCCCAUUAUAUCCAUAGACAUGCCUGACUGAACACCUGUAAUGCCCAUUAUAUCCAUAGACAUGCCUGACUGAACACCUGUAAUGCCCAUUAUAUCCAUAGACAUGCCUGACUGAACACCUGUAAUGCCCAUUAUAUCCAUAGACAUGCCUGACUGAACACUUGUAAUGCUCGAAUUGCUGAUUUCCUUCAAAGCUCUCAUAAGUCUGGAUCUGUUUGGUUCCACAGCGCAUGUGUAUUUGGGUCCACUUUUAAUCUGUACUGUCUGUAAGAUGUGUUUGUGCAAUGUUUUUUAAUUUUUUGACACGGGAUGUUUGUAAAACAAAUUGUGAAUCGGAAUGGAUUCAAUCAGAUUAGAGAUUGUUUCUUAUAAAACUGUUUAAUGUGUAUAAAAUGCAAUAGGCAAGAUCCAACCUUAUGGGCAAGUGACGCGGCAGGGGAAUUUAUGAAAUAGCUCAUCUGUCACUUUAAGUUUAUGAAAUUGUUAAGAUAUCUUACAUUUAGCUGUACUUAAAUACAUUUUAAUCAAAGCUCAUGAAUGUAAUAAUAUUAUUAAACUUGUUCCUUGCUUGCUUAUUAAAUGUAAAGAAAAUGAUGGCAGCCGAAAGGCUCUGGUCACAAUGCAGUUAAAUAAUAUAGCACUUAUUAUUAUUGCAGUUAAAUCUGACAUAAUAGCUGCUAUCCAAUUCAUUGCAAUUCUUUAAAGAUAUCAGCCAUACACUUGGAGUCUUUUCAAACGCGACACUUUUCAAACUGUAAUACCUCAGUUAUUAGUUAAGAUUUUUUUAUAAAAAAAUUUACUGUGAUCUUUUGACUACAUUCUGAGAAAGCUCACAAUAAAAUCAUUCAUCCGUGACGUUUGGACGCUCUACCACAUGAGUUAUGUAAAGUCGUAAGUUAUGUAUAGUUUCGACUUUUUGUACGUGAAAAUGGUGAAACGCAAUAGUGUUACAUGUUCAAACAAAUGGAAUCAUACAUACCCCACGUGCUAAUGCUUCCUAUCGUCACGGAUUAAUGAUUUUAUCGUGAACUUGCUCAAAAUGUAGUCAAAUGAUCACAUGUCAAAUUUUAAAUAAAAAUCUUAAGUAAUACAUGAGAUAUUCAAGUUUGAAAAGUGUUGCGUUAAAACAGUCUCCAAGUGUUUUAUCAUAGAAUACCUUUUUACAACAGACACGACACUGUUAUAUAACAUUCAUUGAACAGAUAAUUGUGGUAUAUUAUAAAAGACAGUCAAACACAGUUUGACAGAAAAUUUAAAACGACCGUUUAACACAUGCAUAACUCAACAUGGUACAUAUGUAUUUCUAUUCUAUACUAAAAUAGUUUACAUAUGUAAUAGCAUUAUUUGUGUAGCAACAUUUGAUUUUCAGUACCCAAUAUAUUUGACCAUGUUACGUCGGUGUCUGUUAAAAAUGGGGCAUACUGAGAUCUUCAUUCUUGAUAUAUCCUACACUCUAAAACAAAUCGAAAUUCAUAUUAUAUCGUAUUACACAAAAGUUAAAGUAAAAGUUUUUUUAAAGUUUUUAAAAAGUCGUCGUUUCAGCAGUGGAAGCGUGGCCUUACUUUAAUGCAUUGCUUUCCAACCCGCAAGGUAUCGGGGUCACUUCGCGGCCAGUAAAAUAAUUGUUAUAUAAUAUAAACGCUAUCGCGUGAACUAGGUGAACUGGAAUUCUCUUUAGACCAGACAUAUGUUAAAUGAAGAUAUUCAGCGAUAUAAUUAUGGUAUGUCAAUAAUAUAUUCUUAAUGUGUUUUCAACAAUACCAUGUUAAAUAUUAUUAACCAGGUUUUCCGAAGGAAAAAACUGGUUAUUAGAUUGGCGAAUGCGGGCGGGCUGGCUGGCUGGCUGGGGGGCGGGCGGAACAAGCUUGUCCGGGCCAUAACUAUGUCGUUCAUUGUCAGAUUUUAAAAUCAUUUGGCACAUUGUUCACCAUCAUUGGACGGUGUUGCGCGAAAUAAUUACGUCGAUAUCUCCAAGGUCAAGGUCACACUUUGAGUUCAAAGGUCAAAAAUGGCCAUAAAUGAGCUUGUCCUGGCCAUAAGUAUGUCAUUCAUUGUGAGAUUUUAAAAUCAUUUGGCACAUUUGUUCACCAUCAUGGGACGGUGUGUCGCACGAAAGAAUCACGUCAAUAUUUCCAAUGUUAAGGUCGUCACGACUAAAAAUAGAUUUUUUUAAAAAACAAACUUACAAAGGGGGUUAAUUUUGUUUGUUCAUUUCCAAAGGUCUGUUUGAGUUUUCUCCCUUUAUCAGAUUUUUUUUUCACAAUGAAAACCUGGUUUUGUGACAAUUUUGUCCCUUGUUUUUUAUUAAUUUAACAAAAAAAUGUUCCACCAUAUUGACUUAUGUAUUAAGCAUGAGCGCGAUGAUUCUUGAUACUGUUCAUAAUCAAAUCAAAUAGCAAUGCCCAACAAACCACUAAAACAGGUUUGUUCGAAGAAUGCGCGUAUAAAUAUUUAAAAUAUAUACGGAUACUUCGCGUGUGGCCGGUUAACUCAUAUGUUCUAAGUUCAUAUGCUCGCCGUUAAUAAAUUUUGCAUGUGUAUAUUGUGUAUAAUAUAGCAAUUUGUUCAGGAUUACUCGACAAAGUUUGUUACGUUAUUGUUUUCCUUAUUCCGUUUUAAUAAAUGUGGUUGUGUCACCUCCGUAUAUUUCAUACGUACGUUAGGAUAGUUCUUGAAUUUUGAUCAAACGUUAAUUUGUAUAUACCAGCCAUAUACGUGUGACGUUGUAAAAGCUUGUACUGUG